AUGAACAAGUUGGUGAAGAGUGCCCACGUGGAUGCAAACACACCGCUUCAUGAAUUUGCAAAGCAAAUGAUGAAGCUCCUACAUAGUAGGAAGAUGAAAGAGGCCAAAGAGGCACUAGGAUGCAUGGGUCAAAAGGAUACAACUACAUUGUAUAUGUUUGAAAUAAGAGUUGCAAGGGCAGACACUAGAGCUGUGAUGACAAGGUUUCAGGAGACAGUAAAAUAUGCAACUGCAUACCGAAUAGACCGUGAUACAGAGGGUGAGGAACAUGAUUGGGUGGUGAAACAUACUACAAGAUCAAAUAAAAUUGUUUGGGGUCAACACCAAUUCAAGAUAAGGGCUGAUGUGGAUGCCGGAAAGUAUUCAUGUGAGUGCAAGCAUUGGGAGCAUACAGGUCUAUUUUGUGUUCAUCUUGUACGCGCUUUCAUGCAUCUACAAAUUGAAAGGAUCCCAAGUGAGUAUAUUUUGCAACGAUACACAUACUCCGCGCAUCAAGAUGUGGCUUUUUCAAGAGACGAUAGGAAUUUGAAAGGAAAAGAUGGAGAAACUAGAUCAUAUAGACAGAAGAUGUUGCUUAAAAAAGCAAUGAAAGUAGUACACCAUGCGAGUCUGUCUAAAGCUGGGAAUGAUAAAGCCCUAGAGAUGAUGGACGAAUUAUUAGGGUUAUUGAUGCGUGUGGAGCCUGAUAUAGGUACUGGUGAGAGUUGUGGCACAAGUGUUUGCGAUGACAUCCAGGUCGAAGCGUAUGAAACAGAAGAAAUGGCUAUAGACAACUUACGCAAAUUAGAUGAUGGGAACGAGGAAAUUUUAAUGGGCUCUAAUACAAAUGAAUGCAAUACUAAGGAUGAUCAAUGUAAUAUGCAGAUAUUAACAUUGGAACAUAACACUGACAUUCAGCUGGUUGAGAGUAGUUCUAUGGAUGUGGAAGCUAGAAAGAAACUGGAAUUUCAUAUGGAAGGUGUAAACUUAACAAGAUCAGAUAAGGCCAAGCCUAAGGGAAGAACAAUCAAAAGUAGUGAGCAACAAGUUUUAAAAUUGGGUGCGAAAGGAGCUAAGAAGAUGAGCAGGAAAUGCCAGAAAUGUGGCAUAGCUGAUGGUCACAACAGCCGUACGUGUUUAACUGUCGAGGAUAAUAGGGUUCGAUUGGCUAACCUAUCUGGACGUAAGCGAGGACGGCCUCCUGGUUCAAGGAACAAACUCAUAGCUGUAGCCCUGCAAUGGAAUGAGACAUCAACGUCGAAAAAACGAACGGUGGAUGUCGGAGAUGAUGAUUCAUCUGGUAGAGAGUAG